CGGCGGAGGAAAUCUGGAGGUGUGGGUGGUGCUUUGCUUAAUUACCGGCUAGACCAGCAUGCUGUGCGAUUCAAGCAUUCACCCGCUGCCUGCGUGGAUGCAAGAGAGCAUUGCACGGCACGUCGAUCCUCCUAGAGGCUUGUCUUGCAGCGGCACUGGGUCUCAUUCUUACGGGACUACAGCGGCAUACGGUGCCCCGACCGCUUUGCAUGUACAAACGCCGAAUCGAUGCUACAGUGCCGUACGCUACCUGGGCCUGCACUAUAACACUGGCUCGACGACUAGCACUGCUGCUAUAGAAAGGGGUCGACAUCAAUCUCAAGACAGCCGGCAACAAGAGAAAAGAAACAGAGCUCUUUCAGUGCAUCGCCCCCCCUCCCCAUGCAAAUCUCCAUUUCGCCGCCUUGACAGACUAACUGGCCACUGUGGAUGGCAUUCGCAACCUUCUCCUCUUUUUACCUUCUCCUCCUCCUCUUCCCAGCAACGGGCACGUCACGGGCUGUGCUUCUGCAGCAUUGACUCGCCAGCGCACAGACGCCUUGACGUCUCCCACGAUACUUGUAAGUCCAGUACCAAUGCCGUUAAUCGUCUACCUGCGGCCCCAGCACUGUCGCUGCACUAAGCAAAGUACCGCCUACCGAUUCCCCAUAGUGGCUGCUGUCAUCAAGGCAGCGUCUGUUAGUCCUCUUGAUCUAACAGCUCGGCCGGCCCCCUUGAUGC